AAAUUGUACUCUGUCAUAUAGUGUUGCUUUGUGUUGGAAUCGACUUAACUGCGAUGUUUUUUUGUUGUUGUUGUUUUUGUAUUAAUAAUUCAAUUGUCCUGUUCACAAAGGCAUUUAUUUCUACACCUCACAAAGAAGGUACUAGUAUUAACUAGAUUUUUAAAAAAGAAAAAAUAAGGCACCAGUGUUAACUGUCAGAUCAGUAGGAUGUGACAGGUCACAUUUAAGAUACGGAUUUUCAACUCAGAUGACCUUUAUUCACUAACAUAGAGCUACCAGAAUAAAGGAGGUAUGGGGAUUGUCACAGAAAAGUACAUACUUGAGAGUUCACAUAAUGUGUUUUCAAUUAGCUUAGAAGGGUCAUGUCAAAGAAAAAAAUUGGUUUAUGUGCAUAGAUUUAACUAGGAAAAUUAGGACCAGUGGAAGAAAGCUAAAAAGAGAGAGAUUUUUGCUAAAGUGUCUAAAUAAUUAUAUGCAUUUUAAAAUGGAAAGUGCUACCUGUGACUGAGAGAGUCACUGUCAUUGUAAGGACUUGAUACCAAAAUACAGGUGGUGUUGUAAAGGUGAUGACUAGCUGAGAUGCUAGUUCACUGUUCCCUGAAUGUUGCUUUUAAUUUCUCCAGCCUACACACUAUUUAAAUGGAAGCAGGAAACCAAACAAAAUUUUCAGAAUUCUUCUUGUUGGGCCUCUCAGAGGAUUCUGAACUUCAGUGCCUGUUCUUUGGACUCUUCCUGUCCAUGUACCUGGUUACUGUGCUUGGGAACCUGCUCAUCAUCCUAGCCAUCAGCUCUGACUCCCACCUCCACACCCCCAUGUACUUCUUCCUCUCCAACCUGUCCUUCGUUGACAUCUGUUUCAUCACCACCACGGUCCCAAAGAUGCUGGUGAACAUCCAGACACAGAGCAAAGUCAUCUCCUAUAGAGGAUGCCUCACUCAGGUGUUUUUCUUCAUGAUUUUUGCUGGAAUGGACAAUUUUAUCCUGUCCUUGAUGGCUUAUGACAGGUUUGUGGCCAUCUGUCAUCUCUUACACUAUACAGUCAUCAUGAACACCCGGCUCUGUGUCUUGUUGGUUUUGAUGUCUGGGGUCAUCAUUUUCUGGGCCUCUCUGCUUCAUAUUCUACUGAUAACAGGGUUGAACUUCUGUACAGGAACUAAAAUUCCGCAUUUCUUCUGUGAACUGGCUCAGAUUAUCAAAUUGGCCUGUUCUGAUACCCUCCUCAAUAACAUCUUUUUAUAUAUGGCAACUGUACUGUUGGCUAUGUUUCCCCUCUCAGGGGUACUCUUCUCUUACUCUCAGAUUGUCUCCUCUUUAAUGAAGAUGGCUUCUGCUGGGGCCAAGUAUAAGGCAUUUUCCACCUGUGGGUCUCAUCUCUCUGUGGUCUCCUUAUUCUAUGGAACAGCCCUUGGGGUCUGCCUCAGUUCUACUGUGAUCCAUGCUUCCCAGAGAAGCUCUAUUGCCUCAGUGAUGUACACUGUGGUCACACCCAUGCUGAACCCCUUCAUAUACAGCCUAAGGAAUAAGGAUAUGAAGGGAGCCCUGAGAAGGCUCAUCUGUAGAGCAGCCUCUUGUGCAUUAUUAUGGCCACUGGCCUCAGGGCUGAAUGGGCUUCAUGGUCCUCAAAGCCAAAUGUCAUGA